UGUGGCUGACUGUGAGGCCCAGGGCCUGAGUCCUAUCUCUGUGUCUCCAGCCCCUCUCUUCCUGCAUCUCUUUCUGACAUCUCAGGGUUUCUCCCUGGUUUUGCCUCCUCCCAUCUUUGUGUACAGGUCAGUAUCUUUCUUUUCCCUUGUGUGUCCGUCUCCAACAGAGGUGGCACUUGGAAAGACAGUGAGCCCUCUGGCUUCUGUGUUUCAGAAUCUAUUACAUGGUAUUUGCUCAUAGAGCCCAGAGGUCCAGAAUGCCCCUAGUUCUGAACAGGGCAUUUGAGUCCGGAGCAAAGAGUUGGCCAGGAGGGCCUAUGGGUGUUAUAAUGCAGACCUGGGUCACUGUGGCGGUGACUCUGGCCACACUGAUGGUCGCCGCCGUGGAUGCGAAGAUCUAUAAACGCUGUGAACUGGCAACGAAGCUGGAGAAGGCGGGCCUCAGUGGCUUUAAGGGCUACAGCGUUGGAGACUGGCUGUGCAUGCCACACUAUGAGAGUGGCUCUGACACCUUCUUCGUGGACCACGAUCACGACGGCAGCACCGGAUACGGCAUUUUCCAGCUGAGCUCCACCUGGUGGUGUAACAAUGGUAUUACACCCACCCAGAACCUCUGUCACAUCAAGUGUCGAGACCUGCUCAGCCACCAUAUUCUGGAUGGUAUCUUGUGUGCCAGGCAGGCGGUGUCCUCAGAGAAUGGCAUGACUUCUUGGGAUUCAUGGACCCGGCACUGUUCUGGCCAUGAUUUAUCUGAAUGGCUCAAGGGAUGCAAUAUGCAUGCCAAAGCUAACUCAAAGAAAACUAGUAAUUCAUGA